AGGCAGUCAGCAAACGACGGGCAGGGACCAGGAAGAGAAGAAGAACAAGAAGGAGGCGAAGAAGAAGACCCAAAAAGGCGUGUGAGUCCUGACAGCACCGAACUCGAACUUUCCCGCAGAAUCCACAAUUUCACGGAAUAAUGGAGGCCAACGUGAAAGGCUCGCAGCAGGACCUGGACCCGGUGGCCGAGGUGGGGCAGGACGCGGCGAUGGGCGUCGGACCGCCGUCGCCCAUCCCUACGAUGACGGAGGAGGAACGCCAGGAGCUGCAAGUGGAAUUGUUGAGGGUGGAGGACGAGAUCCAGACCCUGUCUCAGGUCCUGGCGGUGAAGGAGCGGCAGCUGGCCGACAUCAAGCGGAAGCUGGGCGUGACGCCGCUCAACGAGCUCAAGCAGAACUUCAGCAAAACCUGGCAGGAAGUCACCACCUCGUCGGCGUACAAGAGGACGUCGGAGACGCUGUCGCACGCCGGCCUCAAGGCCACGGCGGCCUUGUCCAACGUGAGCGCCGCCAUCAGCCGCAGGCUGGAAGACGUCAGCAAGCGCUCUUUGCAGCACUCGGCUAGCAUGCCCGUCAUGAGGAACGCCGCCUCAUUCAAGACCUUUGAAGAGAAAAUGGGAUCAUGGAAGAACAAGAUGAGUCCAGAAAUGGACGCCAGCGAGCAGCUCAACGUUCCAGAUGAGGAGCCGCAGCACCAGGACACGCCCACCACCCUCGACACCCCCUUGCAUUAACCCCCCCCCCCAAGGGCCCCCGCCAACCCCGCAAGUCCUCAAAGGUGUCGGCAUCCUGAAUUCACAAGAACGUCGCAACCUCUCGACAUCGCUUUACGCGCUCAACGCAGCUUCACUCCACACGUUCUUGUCCAUCAUGUUAACAUUUUUUGUUUUUGCCAUGUUUGGGGCCCAAAUCGUCUUUAUUUAUAAUAAUAAUCUCACACACACACACACACACUCAAGUUAGUGAAGCCAAAGUGAAGAUUUGAACACAUUUGUUGGUGAUGUUUGCUUUGUUACUAACUAUAUGCCAUAAAAAAAAGAAGACCGUUACACUGCCCAAGUUUCAAAAUAAAACUUUCCUCAGUGCGCUUAAAAAUAUAUAUUUUUAACAAUCUCUCACGUUAUGGAUUUUGUUGUUGAAUAAAUAAAUGGAUAAAACUGC